GAUGAGCUGGGAGCCAGGCCCCAGGAGAGAUGGGAGCAAGGGGGGCUGUGGCAGCUGUCAGGCCAUGAACCGGGCUGACCCUCAGCUCAGGGCAGUGUGCUUGUGGACUCAGCUCACAUCGGCAGUCAUGACCAGAGGUGACAACUGCACUGAUCUACUAGUGCAUGGAAUCCCCUCCGUAACCCAAGCCUGGGGACUGUGGGCCCUCUUAGGGGCUGUGACGCUGCUGUUUCUCAUCUCUCUGGCUGCACACUUGUCCCAGUGGACCAGUGGCCGGCGCAGGAGCCAUCCAGGGCUAGGGAGCUCUGGAGGGUCUGUGGAAGAGGUGCCCCUGUAUGGGAACCUGCAUUAUCUACAGACAGGUCGGCUGUCUCAAGAACCAAGGCCAGACCAGCAGGAUCCAACCACUGGAGGACCUACGAGGGCUACAGAGGAGGUGAUGUGCUAUACCAGCCUGCAGCUGCGGCCUCCUCAAGGCCGGGUCCCAAACCCUGGGACCCCCAUCAAGUACUCGGAGGUGGUGCUGGAUUCUGAGCCAAAGCCCCAGGCGUCGGGCCCCGAUCCGGAGCUCUACGCCUCUGUGUGCGCCCAGACCCGCAGAGCCCGGGCUUCCUUCCCAGAUCAGGCCUACGCCAACAGCCAGCCUGCAGCCAGCUGAGGCCCAGGGCGCGGUGUGGUGGGGCACGCGCUGCCCCAGCCUCCCCUGUGGCAGGGUUACUGCUACCCUGUCUGAGGCAUGACUGUUUCUCAACCCAAAAGAUGGGGAGCCAUUGCUACCCAGGACGUGACCUACUCUGAACUUCCUAUCUGAGCUGCGAGGAGACAUCUCAGGGGACCAACAGGCUCCGUUUCUUGAGGAUGCUGGAUGCAAAGGCAGUGGCCCCCUCCCCACCUCUUUUUUCUCUCUGUUCCUCUCAGCCCCCAGACUCCCAGCUUCUCAGUUCCUCCUCCUUCCGGAGUUUAACCAGAUCCUCCUCCAUCCCCUCCCUCACAGUCUUCCCCCGACACUUCAGUGUCUCCUCAGGUGAAGGAAGUGGGCAGUGGGGGAGGGGCAAGAGCCAGAGAGGAUGCGGGUGGGUAUGGUCUUUGGGAGCCCACAGGCUAGAGGAGGGGUCCUGGGACAGAAGGACCUGAGGGGUCCAAGCCUGGCUUCUGACCUGAGAACUCUGGCAGGAAAAUACAGUCUCCAUCCUGCUGUCUCUGUCAUGUCCCCAAGUUUUCAAAUAAAACUUCUCAAAAGUG